CGAACAGCACCGGUAGCAGCCGGCUGUCGCGGCCGAUGCAGCGCAAGCUGGUGACGCUGCUGCAAUGCGCGAUGACGGACGACGAGGGCCGGGGCCGGGCGGCGCGCGCUGCGCGGUCGUUGGGCGAGAGGACCGUCACCGAGCUCAUACUACAGCACCAGAAUCCGCAACAGCUGAGCGCCAACUUGUGGGCGGCGGUGCGAGCGCGCGGCUGCCAGUUCCUCGGGCCCGCCAUGCAGGAGGAGGUCCUCAAACUGGUCCUCUUGGCCUUGGAAGACGGCUCCGCGUUGUCUAGAAAGGUUUUAGUGAUGUUUGUAGUCCAAAGAUUGGAGCCCCACUUCCCGCAGGCUUCCAAAACUAGUAUAGGGCACGUUGUGCAGUUGUUGUACAGAGCGUCUUGUUUUAAGGUAUCAAAACGUGAAUGCGAUUCGUCGUUAAUGCAAUUAAAAGAGGAGUUCAGAUCGUACGAGUCGUUGCGUAGAGAGCACGACGCGCAGAUAGUCCAGAUAGCGACGGAGGCCGGUCUGAGGAUCGCGCCUGACCAGUGGAGUGCCUUGCUGUAUGGCGACACAGCUCAUAAGAGCCACAUGCAAAGUAUUAUUGACAAGCUGCAAACGCCGCAGUCCUUCGCGCAGUCAGUCCAGGAGCUGUUUAUAGCGCUGCAGCGAACCGGGGACCCGGCGCAGCUGGUGCUCAUGAGCGGACACCUCGACCGACUGGCCGGCAUCGACGCUAGUCCAGACGCCAGAAGCCCCUCGUGGCAGCAGCUGGCCGACAUAAUGACGUCACUCAAAGAGGUCGUGUCGGGCCUCAUCCACUACCUUCAGAAUGCAACGAGCCGCGACGCCAAUCACAACCCCCGGCCGGCCACUCAAGAGAGAUUGCCUGAACCGACGUCAAACGGGCUGCCGCCUCGUGAGCCCACGCCGUCAUCCACUCCCACUCACUCAUCCCGACACAUGCCAACCAUGUGUCGGGAGGCGGCACAGAGAUCCUUCUGCCCCCGAGGAAACGCUUGCACGUUCGCACACUCUGAGGAAGAAAUGAUAAGAUACAGAGGAAUUCCUAGCAAUCACGUCGCCGGCAACGGGAAUAUGCCCUUCAUGCCCGGCCCGCCGAUGCCCAUGAUUCCCGCCGGGAUCCCCAUCCCGCCGCCGCCGCUGUACUCGCGGUACCCGCCGCCUCACCCACACCAUCGCGCCGAUUACCAGAUUCCGCCGAUCGCCGCUCCGAUGGGACCCCCGCGCAUGAUGCAAGGCGCCGAAGCCCGCGCGCCGGAUAAUCCGCACGAGCCACGCGUGCCUCCACCGUACCACAUGAUGCCACAUCAGCGGAUGGCUGGCAUGAAGCCUAUGACCCGUUUUUACGGCCGGUACCCAAGCCCGCCACACGGCAGCAACCUUUCGCCCUACCCCGACUAUCGACCGGUACACCAGCCGUUCCCGCAGGCGGCGCCAGGCGGACUCUCGUACCAGUCAGAGGCGUGCGGGCCGCUGCCCAACAUCUAUAUUCCUCCACCGAGCAACAUCAGCCCUCAAAGGAAUUUGAGCCCGCAAUACAACUUUGACGACCUUUCGGUGGAUCUGCUUCCGGACUACCGCCCGGUGCAGUACGUGCCGCCGACGCCCCGCGACAUGCCCCGCGACAUGGCCCGCGAUUUGGGCCACGAUAUGGCCCGCGAUUUUGGCCACGACAUGGCCCGCGAUUUUGGCCACGACAUGGCUCGCGAUUUUGGCCACGACAUGGCUCGGGAUUUGGGCCACGACUUAGCCCGUGAUUUUGGCCACGAUAUGGCCCGGGAUCUGGGCCACGACUUGGCCCGCGAUUUCGGCCACGACAUGGCCCGGGAUUUGGGCCACGAUAUGGCCCGCGACAUGGGCCGCGAUAUGGCCCGGGAUUUGGGUCACGACAUGGCUCGUGAUUUAGGCCAUGAUAUGGCUCGCGACAUGGCCCGCGAUUUGGGCCACGACAUGGCCCGUGAUUUAGGCCACGACAUGGCCCGCGAUUUGGGCCACGACAUGGGCCGCGAUUUGGGCCACGACAUGGGCCGCGAUCUGGGCCACGACAUGGGCCGCGAUUUGGGCCACGACAUGGGCCACGACAUGGCCCGCGAUUUGGGCCACGACAGGGCCCGCGACAUGGCCCGCGAUUUGGGCCACGACAUGGCCCGUGAUUUAGGCCAUGACAUGGCCCGCGAUUUGGGCCACGACAGGGCCCGCGACAUGGGCCGUGAUUUGGGCCAUGGCAUGGCCCGCGACAUGCCUCGCGAUUUACCCCGGGAUCUAGCGCUCGAAUUGCCUAAUCGCGAUCUGCCACGGGACCUGGCUCAUGGCGAUCUGCCACGGGAGCUGCGCGAGCUGCCACGGGAGCUGUGCGAGCUGCCACGGGACCUGACCCGCGAGUUGCCCUUGGACCUGACCCGGGAGAUCCCUGCUCGUGACAUGACGCUCGACUUGGCCCGGGACCUGCCCCGCGAGGUGGGCUGCGACAUGACGCGCGCGCCGGAGUUGCCCCACGAGCUCGGAGCGCUCGCCGAGCCACAAGCGUGGGCUUCUGCUUCGGAUGUGUUCGGUUUCGAUGGGAUGCUAAACGCUCUGCCCGGCCCAUCUAACGCCCCCGAGGAGGUUUUCAGUUUUGAAGCCCUGCGCAACCCUCCUCCUCCGCCUAACAACCCAGAUGAGGAGUUGGAGGAAGAGCUGCAGGCCCUCGAGCGCCGAAUCGAUACCGAGUUUAAGUCGGACUAGCAUACGAGCUACCGGUACACGCUGCUGCAGUGGUCGCGCCCAUACACUGACGUCACCACCUCGCCUGCGCUGGAGACGGUACAGCACUACAUGUGCGCCCCGAUGGUGGUCCACGGGGACCGCCUCUGCGUCUGUACCAUGACCCCCGCCAACCCUCCCCUGCCAAUCAGCUUCACCUAUGUCUAGGUGACCUAGUGACAGAACAAUACUUAAAACAGUUUUAAUCCGAACAGUAUUUAUGUAUGUUUCGCGUUUAUAUAUUAACAUUAAUAUUAGUAUGAUGGUUAUAUAAAUUGUUUGGCAUUUAAUGUUGGCUACACUUGUUUAUUUGAUGAUGCAAAAGCCACGUCAAAAGUUUGUUUGUUUUCUGGAAAGGAGGGAACGGCCAGGUGUAAAGAGGAGUACGAAGUUGAAAAUGUCGAUGCUUAAGAUCUUGAUACUUGGUACAGCUUUUUUCACCUGACUGUCAAUUGACACAAACUUAUCUAAUUAGGCGAUGAACUAUAAAGACUGCUCGAGAUGACUGCGUUUGUACGGUGAUAAGUUUGUGUUCAAUCAAGUGAAAUGCUGUGAUUCUUUCUCGUGUUAUCUAGUAGUGAUAUAAGCAAAGCUAAUUGUACACGUACAUGAGAUGUGCUCUGGUCGUAUGACAUAAGUUAGAAAUAUAUCAAAGUGCAAAGUAUACUCAUAACUUGUGUAUGGACAUUUUAGAAAGCAACAGGCACGUCAUCUUUCCUAAAUUUUUGUAGAUAUAAUUGAUGUUUAAAUUAUUUGCUUGAAAUAGUUAAGAAUGAAUGGUUAGCGGCCAUUUUGUUUAAUGGUUUUUAACCAUGCCAGAAUGUGAUUGAUACAGAAUAAAAAAAUAAAAAUACAAAAAUAUAUAUAUGUAUCGUACUGUAGUUAGUCCAGUCAAUGAAUGCUUUAA